AUGUCCACGGACCAGGAUAAAGACUCGUUCUCGCUCAAAAGAACCAGAGGAGGAGAUGGAGGUCUGGAUGGAUUAGGGGGGCCCGGCCUGCUUCAUGGGAGCCCGGAUAAAAAGAGGCGCAAGACGAAUACGCAGGCCCCCCUGAUUGCGCCACUCUCUGAAUAUGCCCCUCCAGUUGACCCCAGCUCCGACCAUCUGGUGGCCUCCAACCCGUUUGAUGACGACUACGACUGCCCCCCAGCGUCUCUGAAACCUCUGCUCGGUUCCAACCCCUACUUCGGUCCGUCUCACCACCCGGUGUUCCGCGUCUAUGGGCCACCUCAGAUGGCGCCACACGUCCAGAACAGGAUGCCCGCCCCUUACGGCUCCUCGUAUCAGAUACGGAACCGGCCGCCCCCGUUCGCGCAGAACCCGAUGGGCCCCGUGGGUAUGGGCUUCACCAGGGCACCUGGGUUCAACUACGGGCAUCCUGAGAACCUCGUGUUUAUUAAUAACGGCAUGUACCUCCCACAGGGACAGGCCUUCAGAGAGAAUCGGGCUCCUCCGGCCGGCGUGAAUCAGAACCACGGGUUUAGCCCGGAUGGAAUUGUGGGUAUGAACCGCCUGGCCGUUGGGAAACCCAGCCCGAAUCACAUGAGCCCUGGACUGACUCAGCCGCCCGGCAACUUUGCCCAACCCACCACGCCCAAACGGGAGCGCUGCGAAAUCUCCAAUAAGAGCUCGCCGCCGCCCAGAAAGCAGAACCAGAGCGCGGAAGAGGGCGUGGCUCAGGACGCCGAGCUCAAGACGAAGAGCAAACUGAGCGCGGAAGGCGAGAAGAUCAACGGUGCCCUCCACCCCAAUUCAGAGCCACUCAAGAAAUCGCCUCGACCCGCGGAAGACGCCAAACGCCAAAGCAAAAACGCCUCGGCUAACAACGGCAGCCGGAACCGGCGGAGCAGCUCCGCCCCCUCAGAGCCCGUGUACCCGUGCGGGAUCUGCCAGGGCGAGGUGAACGACGACCAGGAGGCCAUUCUGUGUGAAGCGUCGUGUCAAAAAUGGUUCCACCGCGUUUGCACGGGCAUGACGGAGACGGCGUACAACCUGCUGACGGCCGAGUCGGCUGCCGUGUGGGGCUGCGACGCCUGCAUGGAGGAGAAGGAUGGAACGCAGCUCCCUAAAACGAGGGAGACGCCCGGUCCCGCUACGGCAAACGGCGGGGGACAAACCUGAACCUUAUUCGCUGAGCACUUUAUUAGGAACGCCUAUCAGGUACCUACAUUUAUUGAUUAUUUUAUAAGCUACACCUUCCAUACAGAUG